GCGCAGAAAACUGCGCAGUAGUGUUGUCCUCAAUCACCAAUGAUGGAGGCGAAUGUUUUGAUGGAGACCAGGUACUGAGGAGUUCAGUUUGUUGGCGUCACAACUCACUAAAGUGCCGCGUUGUGGUGUACAAAAACAGGGCUGAUGAUAUUUUAUGCCCUUUAAUAGUUUGAAACGAAUUUGACGUAACUGUUACUAAUCCGAUACCGUAUAUUGCGGGGGGCCUAGCUUACAUUAGCUUGCGCUGUGUUUUCAGUUAAUCAGCUCAUCGUGAGGCUGUGUUAUCCCUGAUACGUUGAUACUACUUGGAAUUAUUUUUUAUCUCUGUGGUUGUAGUAAGCAGAAUAUAUCGUACCUUAAACUAAAGUCAGCUCUGUGAGUGUGGCUUCUGCAUACCCAUUCAAGGAGAAGUGGUCAUCCAUGUUCUCGAGUUUUUGUAGAUCAUUUAUCUUGAGUAAUAUCAGCAAACAUGUCCUUGGUCGCCUAUGGUAGCAGUGAUGACAGUGACUCGGAGGAAACCUCGCAUUCUGCUGCAGCAGAGAGCAAAUCAAGCGGAGGAGGGCUUUUCUCUCUCCUCCCUUCUCCUAAAACAGCUGGAUCGGCAAGAGGUAACGAAGUACCAAGCAAGAAGACUAAAUCAAAACCUUCAGCAGUAGACGCCACUUCAAGAGAUUACUUAGAUCCUCUGCCAUCUAAAGGAGGUUUGUUCUCCAGUCUGCCUAAACCCAGAAAACGAACAGAGCCCGUCAAGAUUACUGUGCCAGAAGUCCAGAGACAGGAUUCAGACUCGGAUGAUGAUGAACCAGCAAAGAAAGUACAAGCUCAGGGUACAGGUUCAGGCCUGUCCUCUAUUCUUCCACAACCCAAGAACCUGACAGUGAAGGAGAUAGACAGACCUUUAAUUCCUCAUGCACUCACUAAAAGGCAAGAACCUAAAGGACCUAAACCUGGAACUCCUGCUCAGGGCCUUAUUGGUUCUAGUGCAUCUCCCUCUGCCAUUAAAGCUGCGGCAAAGUCAGCAGCCCUGCAGGUUGCUAGACAAAUAGCCACAGAUGACCAGGAUAAUGAGGAGGAUAUAACCCCACAGAACUACUUUUCCCUUGGCGAAAGCUCCCAGCCUCUCCCUGCAGUUGUCCCAAGCCUAGAUCCUGAGCCAGGAGCCCCUGCUGAACCCCUUCCUUAUGAAGUUUCUGAUGAGCCAGGACAGUCAGACGCCCCACUCGACUUCGGAGGGAACCACGAGGGAGCAGGUGUAUGGGGAGGUCAAUAUCAGCAGUAUGAACAAUCAGUGGCGGGCCCAGAGGCUUACCCUCAGGGAUACUAUGAUGAGCCAUACUACCAGGAUUCCAACCCCGGAUUGGCAGAGGCUGAGGAGCCUGGCCACUCUGCCAUGUUUGAUGAUGAAGCGUUCAUGCGGCUGCAGGGGAAAAGAAACCGGGGUAAAGAGGAGGUGAAGUUUCUGGAGAUCAAAGGAGACGACCAGCUGAGUGGGAAUCAGCAGUGGAUGACCAAGAAUAUGACGGAGGAAAAGCAGACCCGCCAGUCUUUUAGCAAGAGAAGAGGAGAACAACCUACAGGACAACAGAGGCGCAAACAUCAGAUAACAUAUCUCAUUCACCAGGCAAAGGAACGCGAGCUGGAGCUGAAAAACAGCUGGGCAGAAAACAAACUAACCCGCCGGCAGACUCAAGCCAAAUAUGGUUUCUAACUGUCAUAACUGUGAACUCUGGUGGCAUACAAAAUCAUUGUAUCAGAAAUUAAGAGUAGAUUUCCAGAUUUACCCACAUUAAAGAAAACGGUGUUUAG